AGAAGACAUUUUGAAGAACAAACUGUUUUGGUUACCAUUGACCUCCAAUGUAUGGUCAAAAUAACUUCUUUUCUGUUCCCCAGAAGAAAGAAUAUCAUACCAGUUUGGACAAAAAAAAAUGUAAAAUAUUUCUUCCUGGUGAAUUCAUGGCAGGGAAAAGUUUGAGUUUAAAUUAUAAAUAAAUUGUUCAUUGUUUGGUAAUUUGAUAAUUGUUGACAUUCAAAAGGGUUAAGUCGGGUUAAAAUUUCAGAACAAUAGCCUACUUAUUUGUUUUCUAUUAUUUAUUUUGGUUAUGCUUAUUUUGUUAAUGUUUUUUUCAUUAUUGUGUGACAGUGAAGGGGUGAUCAUUAUCUUAAUUAAAAUUAUUUAAAAUAUUAAUUGAAUGGAUCAUGCAGGUUGUUUUGCAGCUGCAGAUUUUUACGUUUUUUUUAAUGAUUUUAUAUAAUUUAUUGCUUGACCUUUUGUUUUGAGAAUAGGAAGCAAGCGAACGGAGAACAGGGAAGAAAAAAUACAUGUGUUGGCAAUUUCAAAAGUUUUUUUUUUUUAAUGUAGUUCACAUUUUGGAGAAAUGAAACCAUUACAUUUUUUUUCUCAGCAGCAAUCUUUUUUUUUUUUCCAUUUUACUGCCUACAAUCAGGAAAAGAAGUGUAAAAUUUACAGCGAGAUACUGAUGUUUUAGGAUGCAGCUUUUGGCUUUGUUUGCUUUUCUUUGGGUGGGAGUGCUGCUUCCCUAUGCUUCCUGUCAGGAUGGCUGUGCGAUCCAUGGGAAAGAUGGUGUGAAUGGACUCCCUGGCCGGGACGGUUUGUCAGGAGCAAAAGGAGAUAAAGGAGCACCAGCUCUGCAGGAUGAGCUGAACAGUGUCAACAUAGAGGAGCUCAAAGGAGAGAUGGGCAGCAGAGGCCCCCCAGGAGAACCUGGUCCACAGGGUUUCAUUGGUGAUCGGGGCCCAAUUGGUCCCCCUGGUCCUAAGGGUCCUAAAGGACCCAGCGCAGGCAUUGGUGGCAUCGUCGCCAGUCAGAAGCCAGCUUUCUCCGUGUUGCGAAAAACAGCAGAUUAUGCAUCAUAUGGCCAACCUGUGAUCUUUGAUAGUCAACUUAGCAAUGUCAAUAAUAACUUCAACCUUCAAACUGGCUAUUUCACUUGCAAGGUUCCGGGUGUGUAUUACUUUGUGUUUCACGCAUCCUCUGAAGGACACUUGUGUCUCAGACUUAAGAGUGACUCUGCAUCUCCAGUCAGCCUAAGUUUCUGCGAUUUUAACCUACGAUCACAAUCUCUUGUUGUGUCAGGUGGAGCCGUACUCAAACUAUCUAAAAAUAACAGAGUAUGGAUUGAGCCUUUCAAAGAUUCUAGUGGUGGCAGAAUGUCCAAAAGCAUGUCUGUAGUGUUCAAUGGUUUUUUAAUCUAUCCCAGCGAAUAGCAGACUUAUUAGCCUACAAAUAAAACACUGCAAAUGUUUAUUGAUUGAUCAUAGUGUUUUAGCCUACUGAAGUGAUGUAAGCAGCUUAAAAACAUUAAUGAAACCAUCUAAUCUGCUUUGUUAUAUUCAAAUCUUGUAUUCAUGUGUUUUGUUUUAAAAUGCUUUGUUGUCUUUGAUAAAGUGUCAAAUGAACAAAUUCUAAAUAAAAGCAAUAAAACAUGACUAUACAAAA